AUGAGUAGUGAGAUUACUCAAGCGUUACAGACGGCACGUUUCAAUGAUUUGGUUCACAUUAAUGUUCAAGAGGGUGAUGAUGAUCAAGAAGCUCGAGAGAUCAUCCUGAAGGCAUCACUGGACCGAGAAAAUGGCGGCAUUCAGUGGAUGCCGUUACCGGAAGAUGUCAACCUGACAAAACUUCACCUAAGUACCAAGCGCUGGUUCUUUCCCAUGCUGAACGAUACAGUUCGAAACAAAGCCUAUGAUGAGGCAAUUCAAUUGGCGAGUGAAGAGGUGGUUCGACGGUUCUAUAUGGACGGUAAGGCAAAAGACGACAACUCUCCUCCAUCCAUCCACGGGUUAGACAUUGGAAGUGGAACUGGCCUCUUGGCAAUGCUAUCAGCAAAGCAUCUGAAAAAGAGCUUGGAUAAGUUGUCAAUAGGAAAAGUUCAGAUUGAAUCUCUCGAAAUGUCCAGUGUCAUGGCCCAACUCGCAAAAAAUACGAUCGCUUCUAAUCAACUACAAGAUUCCAUACGCGUCUCGGAACGGCACUCGUGUGAGAUGGAAUCCCUUUCGUCUAAAGCUCACUUUUGUACGUCAGAGCUAUUGGAGAGUGGCUUGCUAGCAGAAGGAUGGCUUCCUGCGAUGCGCGAUGCAUGGAAACGGCAUUUGGACCCCAAGGCGAUUGUCGUCCCACAAAAGGCCAAGGUGUGGGCACAAAUUGUAGAAGGAACAAGUCUUGGCAAGUUUUGGGGACCACAUCACCUGGUAAAUGGAGAAUUUGGAGACAAUCGAGUUCUAAAAUUGUGGCGUACCGAAGGCAAGAAUCGCAAGUAUCUACUACAACCCUCGUCGGAGGAAAUGGCUGGAAUUCAAAUGGAAGUGCACGCCAAAGAGUUACUAGACAACAACAACAACAACAACAACAACAUCACAAAGUACCCACUCAAGCUGCUAUCGGAUCCCAUUUCAAUCCUUGAUAUUGACGUGACGUCGGUAGAAGCCAUGCCUCCAGAAGGUGGGCAAUCGAAGACCCGAGAAUUCAUCCCCAUUGCCUCUGGCGUUGCCCAUGCCGUCCUCUUUUGGUGGGAACUUGAUCUUUACCAAGGCAAAGUGACCUACAACACACAUCACGAUCAAGAAUUUCAAGAUCACUGGCAACAAUGUUUAUUCAUUUUUACAAAAGACGCCAAUGAACUUUCAAGGCUUCGACAGGGAGAACCAACGCUUCUCAAAGGAAGUCACAGUGAAUCAAAAGUAUCGUUUGAGAUUUUUGUUAGCAAUACUGCCAUGAGUGACGAGCAGAUGGAAUCCAAACGCCCAAAGACAGCUCCAUCCGAAGGUAGCGACCUAAUAUCACCAGAUCGUGCCUGGCAAUUGAAUGACUUGGAACGAAUAGACAUCUCCCAAAAAGGAAUCCUGUUUGCUCUGAACAAGAUUGGAAUGGACCAGUCAAUUGCAUUGGACGUAUCGGACUUUUCACUGUGUGCCAUGAUGGCAAGUAUGCUGGGAUGUCCAUUGGUCUAUUCCAUGGAAAGUAGUAGCUCCAACAAUGUGAUUCCUCUCACAUCGGCACAAAUCGCGCAAAUUUCCAAUGGUCUCCCGUACCAACAAGACGAAACCCACGAUUUUCAAAUACUCCAAUGUCAUCCAGAACAGAUUACCACUACAGUCCUCAAUGAAAAGAAACCCAAUCUAGUGAUUGCAGAGCCAUAUUAUGAAAUCUUGGAAGGUUGGCAUAUCCAAGAAGCUCUCAACUAUUUCAACAUUGUUUCGGCCCUCAAGAAGCGUGGAGUGCUCCAAGAGCCUUUUUACUCGGUCCCGGCAUGUGCAUCCGUCAUGGUAUGCGCCUUUGAAUCCAAAGAUAUUGGUUCUGCCUAUACCAGUUGUUCCGAUAGUAAACUUUGCGGCUUUUUGCACCAUGCCAUUAAUGCCGAGUCACCCUUGAACGAGUAUGAAAUCCGGAUACCGUCGUGGCAAUAUGAUAUUCGUCACUUGACCAAACCAGAGGUGGCUGCCACCAUUGAUUAUCAAGCAGGAACCAUACGCGAAGAGCAAAUAAUGGUCAAUUUUGAAACCAGUGGGACGUGUCAUGGAAUCCUUCUUUGGGUGGAUUAUCACAUUGCCAUUGGUGAUGAUCAAAGUAAAAUUAUUUCGACAAGCGGCCGUGGUCACCAGCAGAUUGUGCGAAUGCUUCCAUCUCCCAUUGACAUUACAGUGAAUCAAGUGGUACCAGCAGUAGAUGGCAGAGCAAGUCUGAAAUGCAAGAGCCGCCUACAAGAGAAGGAAACUUCGUUUGUCGACUUUGAAAUUGUAGUGGAAUAG